AUGACGGACACUCGAACAUGCUACUACCCCGAUGGCUCGGAGGCAAAGAAUAGCGUGCCCUGCACGGCCAAGGACACCACUGCUUGUUGCGGAGUGAACAAUGUCUGCCUCUCAAAUGGCUAUUGUCUCGACGUCAAUCAACCCUUUACUUUGUCCCGUGGGGGCUGUACAGCCCAACAAUGGGGAAAGGGAUGUCCUGGUCGUUGUCGGACUGUAAACAGCAGUGGGGGUUCCGCAAUCGUGAAUCUGAAAACCGCCAAUGGCACCUCUACGUAUUGCUGCGGCACGGUCGUUGCCAGUGGAGGUGACACCAUUUGCCGGGACGACACGGACAGCUUCCAGCUGGCCGAUGCCCAAGUUCUUACCGGGCGCGCUGCCCUCGCAAAUCUCGUACCGCCAGACUCGGCAACCAAUUCCUCCUCGAACUCGUCAAUUGCCGCCCAGACAUCCAAUAAUUCACAUGACACUACAAUCGGGGUGGGACUGGGUGUUCCAUUGGGAGUCAUUGCCAUCGGAUCACUGCUCUGGGCACUAUGGGAGAGGAGGAGAGCAAACAAAUUGAGCCGAGCAAUGAUGUCCUCUUCUGUUCCAGCCCAGGAAGGUCUCGUUCGUUCGCCGCAAUCGUGUGUCAUGUCUGAAAGCUCUGUGCCCACAGAGCUCGAUAGUCACAGGCAGAUACCGGAGUUGAUGCCCAGAGAGCAGAUGUAG